AUGUUGUCAGGUUGUAGGGUUGAGGCUGGCAGUUUUAGGGUGAUGGGUGGACUGCAGCUUAAUGCAGUGGGGGCUGGCAGAGUUUGUCCAGGAGGUGACUGCAGUAGGGGGAGGCUGCUGGAAUGGGGCUGUGGCAGUAGGUUGCAAUGGAGGCUGGUAGCAUGGCAUGAUGCACUGCAGCAUAGCUUGCAAGUUGCUUCAGGAAGGACUGCAAGUUGCUGUAAUGUAGAUGUUGGCUAA